AUGAAGAAGACGGUCAUCAACGAGGUAGCAAGCUCAGCCAAGAAAGCAUUCGACGAACUGCAAUCGAUCGACGAUCGAAACAAGAAGACCGAAGGACUAGAGAGACUGAAACGAGCACUGGUCGAGAGGAAGGAGGAGAUACUCAGGGCGAACGAUCUGGAUGUUCAGGCUGCAGAAGGAUUAGUCAAGGAAGGCAAGCUAUCCGAGUCGAUCGUCAAUCGAUUGAACCUACGCUCGAGUUCGGACAAGUUUGACUCGAUCGUCGAUGGGAUCGAAGCGGUCAUCAAGCUCGAAGAUCCAACCGGGAAGAUCCAGUCGGUCACCAAGCUAGAUGAAGGACUGGAGCUCUACAAGGUCAGCUGUCCGAUCGGCGUCCUCCUAAUCAUCUUUGAGGCUCGUCCGGAGGUGCUCGUGAAUAUUGCUGCCCUGGCCGUCAAGAGUGGGAAUGCGGCGAUCCUCAAGGGCGGCAAGGAAUCGAACAAGACCCAAGAGGUCCUGACGACGAUCAUCAAUGAGGCCCUCUCGAGCUGUCUGCCAGCCAAUCUGAUCCAGACCGUCUCCUCUCGAUCGGAUAUCAACGAGCUACUCGAACAGAAUCAGUUCAUCGACCUCGUCAUCCCUCGUGGGAGUAAGGAGUUGGUCCAGUUCAUUCAGAAUCAUACCAAGAUCCCCGUCCUGGGCCAUGCCGAUGGUCUCUGCAAUAUCUAUGUGGACCAAGAUGCUGAUCCUCAGAAGGUCAUCCGAUGUGUCUUGGAUGCCAAGACCACUUAUCCCGCAGCCUGUAAUUCGGUGGAAACCCUACUGGUCCAUCGAUCCUGGCUAGGGGAUUCGUUUACCGAGCUAGUGCUGAGCCUGUUGAACGAGAAGGUGACCCUGAAACUCGACCAAGCCAGUUUGGAUGUACUCAAGUCGAGUGGCAAGGUGACGAACCAUCUGCUGUUUUGGUCGAACUGUUCGUUGGCACGGGAGGAGGAUUUCAAGACGGAAUGGUUAUCCUUGACGCUCUCGAUCAAGACUGUGGAUGAUCUGACGGCGGCGAUCGAGCACAUCAAUCAGUACUCCUCCCAUCACACCGACUCGAUCCUUACCGAGUCGAGCAGUCAUGGGAGCCGUUUCUGUCGUGCGGUGAAUAGUGCGUCGGUCUAUGUGAACUGUUCGACCCGGUUUGCCGAUGGUUUUCGGUAUGGGUUCGGGACAGAGAUCGGGAUCAGUACGAGCAAGAUCCACUCGCGCGGUCCGGUUGGCUUGGAUGGCCUGGUGAUCUAUAAGUGGAUGAUGUUUGGGAGUGGCGAUCGGGCUCAUAUCACGGCUGAUUACGGGCAGGGCAAGCUGAGACAGUUCCUGCACUCGAACGUCCCAGUCGAUCAACCUGGUCUCUUUAAUCCCUUCUCUUCCGAUUAG